AUCGUUUCCUACCCCUUCUCCCUGCGCAUCACGCCUCUCGCUCUCUCUCUCUCUCUCUCUGUCGCUCCAUUGAAUUGAAAAUCGCCAUGCUCCCUCUCUCUCUCUCUACCACCCUUCCUCCGUCUAGCGCCCUUCAUUGAAAAUCGUUCUCUCUCUCUCUCUCUCUCUCUCCGUAUUUCGGUCGCUCGCUCGCUGCGUUUGUUUCGAUCGAGCGAACCAGCAGCUUUUCAUGGCGGCCAAUGGCUCAAGCGAUCCUGAUUCAGGAGUAGGGGGAGAAAGAUUCAAGGAAUGCACACAUUUGGUCAAUUUGGGAGCAAACACAUGAAUGAAACAUAAGAUUGAGUUUUUCAUAUCCUUAACAUUCUGUCCCUUAUUUUACUGCCCACAUUGCAAACUUGCUAGGCACAGUGAGAUUAAUGCUAUACUGUGUUUUCGGCAGACAUUAUUUCAAGAAACAUGCUAUUGAUUCAAGGAAAUCGAGAGCGUAAAGGUGGUAAUUCUGCUGGGUGUGUGCAAGAAAUGGAUGCAGUUUCCAACUCAAAUACACAGCUCGAAAAAAAUGAAAGAGAGGCUCGUGUAAAUGCUUUGUGGGAGCAGAUGAAUAACAACAAAUUAGCUAAAGUUCCUAAUUCUUUGUUUAACAAGCCCAAUUCCCCAAGUCAAACAUCAAAUGAAGCCUCUCCAAACUGGAUGGUCGCUCUUGGUCUAGCAUCUAGGAAGCCAUCACCUACCGUCUCUGGCAAUGACACACUUCAUAAAAGCAGCACACAAAAUGGCACGAGGGAGGAGGGAAAGAAGAUUGCUGCAGCUGCUCUGACUGCUGUCAAAGAAGUUGCUGCUGCUGCUGCUGCUGCCGCUGCCUCGAGUAGGGGUAAAAUUGAGAUCUCUGAGGUCCGGGAGUUUGCGGGUGAGGAGAUAGAAGUGAAGAAGCUCGUGGACUCUGACUCCAAGGAGGCAGCUGAGAAGGCGAAGUCAUCUUCAACCCCAGCCUCAGGCCUUGAUGCUAUACUUGAGCAAAUAAAGAAGAAGCCCAAGCUAAGCGUACUCGACAAGACCAAGAAAGAUUGGGGAGAGUUCAAGGAGAACAAGGGCUUAGAAGAAGAGCUAGAAGUCUAUAAGAAGAGCUCCAACCAGUACCUUGACAAGGUUUCCUUUCUCCAGAGAGCUGAUUAUAGGGAAUUCGAGAGGGAGAGGGAUGCACGCCUCGCCCACCAAGCGAAGAGACGGGCUGACAUGCGAGAGGAGCCUUAGGAAAAUGGGUCUUGUUGCCCUUCGAUUGGUGCCGAUGAUGGGCUACCCAGUGUUGGGUUGGUGGCCUUUUUUUGAGGAUAUUUUGUGGUCUGUGGUUAAGAAUGGGCGAGUACUUUGGGAGGGAAUGGUCGAAUUGGGCGUUUUUGGGUGGAAUUUUGGAAUUAAUAUAUCAAUGUUAAGUGAAUGGGGGAACGAGUUUUUUAUGGCCAUUCCCCAGCAUGAAACAAAGGAAGCAUGCUCUCUUGUCUU